AUGUCAGACGGCGAGGACAACGCUGCUGUCGCCGAACCUGAGCAGGUGAUGGCGCCCGACGACAAAGAAGCCGCAGAUAAGCUUCACGAACUGAAGAACGCCAGAGAAGGCAAGUGGAGUCAAUUGACUGCAUUAACUGGCGAAUUAGAGUUGCUUAUGUACGAUGCCUGCAAUCUGUAUGACGUUGAAACCAAAUACCAUACGAAAUACAAGGCGCUACUGGAGAACUUUGUUGAAAGCAAUAGGGAUGUGCGAUUGCACCUAAACGAAAACGAACGCGAACAUGACCGGCGAAACUGGUAUAUGUCUAAACUGCUGUGGGCCACAGAAUUCAGGAAAAGGGUAGAGACGUGGAUUACAGAAACUCAGAACCGCUCUAAGCCGCCUCAAACAUUCGACGACGGAGUUUUACCAGAGGACAGUGUGUCAAUGGUGGAACUAAGGGUGCUCGCUCCUAACAAGCACGGAAGCGUAGUGACGGUAGCAUCCAAAAGGUCCUCAACAUCUACAGCAUCCUUAGCUCGGCUAAAACAGGCAGAAGCUGACAGAGCAUCCUUGCUGGCUGAAGCAGCAAUCUUAGAGCAACGGCAGGCGUUAGAAAUAGAGGAAGCACAAUUCCAAGCACGAUUAAAGGUUAAAAACGAAAGGCUGGAACUCGAAGCGAAGCUUGCAAAGGUUAAUGCAAAAAUAAAAGUGUAUCAGGGUUGUGAAGAACGGCAAGGUCCUGCAAGACAGGACGUGACCAUCAAAACGCGCGGUGCAUGCGCUUUCAAACCGGAGCACAAAGACCACUGCGACCACAGAAUUCCUUCAGCGCAUAAUGAAGUUGUCUGCAGCACAUGGGGGAAUAACCACUACUUGACGUAUGACGGAGACCUUUUCCAACUCCCGUCCACGUGUAAUCACAUCCUGACCUCGCAGUGCAAAAGCAGCUAUGAAGAGUUCAACGUUCAGCUGAGACGGGAGGUCGUGAACGGGAAACCCACUAUUAGCAAAAUCAUCAUGAAGCUGGACGGCACAGUGGUGGAGCUCACUAAAGCUUCAAUCAGCGUCAACGGCCAACCUCUCUGGAAGAUGGACGGACCCACAGAAAGAUGCGAGGACGAACCUGUAGAAGAAUACACCGACUGUGGAGAUGAGAAUUUAUGCAGACAGCUGUUUCUCAGUAAGGCGUUCAGCAGCUGCACCCCCCUGUUGACUGUCGAUCUGUUUGUGAAAGCAUGCAUGGAGGAUCUCUGCCAGUGCAACGCAACUACACACUCUUCCUGCUUGUGUGAUACUGUGUCAGAGUAUUCUCGUCAGUGUGUGCACUCAGGAGGGAGACCACAGAACUGGAGGACUGAUGUCUUCUGUCCCAAGUCAUGCCCACACAGCAUGGAGUACACAGAGUGUGGCAGUCCGUGUAUCGAUACCUGCUCGAACACCGAAAGAGGAGAAGUGUGUGGAGACCACUGCAUUGAUGGAUGCUUCUGUCCUCCAGGCACUGUGUGGGAUGAUGUCACCAACUCCAGCUGUAUUCCACUGAGUUCCUGUUCCUGUGUUCAUGGAGAUCAAAUUUAUGGGCCUGGGGAAAAUUAUACAACAAGCUGUGCAGAAUGCACCUGCUCAGGAGGUGAGUGGCAAUGUUCGAAUAAAGACUGCCCUGGCACAUGCUCCGUUUUGGGAGGAACGCACUUCAUAACAUUUGAUGAAAAAUCCUUCACCUUUAACGGGGAUUGUACGUACGUCCUUGCCAAGGACUGCACAGGCAGUGAUUUUACCAUCCUGGGUGAUUUGGUGAAAUGCGGCCUGUCAGACACUGAGACCUGUCUGAGAUCAGUCACCGUCGCGCUGUCACAAGGCACUAAGCUGGUCCGAGUGGACUCAUCUGGGAAUGUUGAAGUGGACAAGAUUUUCACACAGCUUCCACUUUUUACAGCCGAAGUGAGCAUCUUUAAGCCAUCUUCAUUCUUCAUCAUCAUCCAGGCUGUCAACUCCAAAGUUGUUCUGGAGAUCCAGCUCGUUCCCAUCAUGCAGGUUUUCAUCACACUGAAUCCAGCUCUUCAAGGAAAAACAUGUGGACUCUGUGGCAAUUUCAACAACAUUCAGUCGGACGAUUUCACCACGGCUGGUGGACUCAGAGAGGGAACGGCGGUGGCUUUUGCCAACACAUGGAAGACCCGAGGAAGCUGCAGUGAUAAGCAGAGAUCCUUCGAGAACCCGUGCAGUUUGAGCACUGAAAAUGAGAAAUACGCAGAUCACUGGUGCUCCCUUCUAUCAGAUCCAUCUGGAGCUUUUGCCCCCUGCCAUUCAAGAAUCAGCCCUGGUUUAUACAAACAGAUGUGUGUACAUGACACGUGUAACUGUGAGAGGUCAGAGGACUGCAUGUGUGCUGCGCUGUCUUCAUACGCACACGCAUGUGCAGCUAAAGGGAUCGUCCUUAAAGGCUGGAGAGACAACGCUUGCAGCAACCACAAGGUGUGCCCGAGCACAUUAGUUUACUCUGAUCACAUGACCAGCUGUCAGCGCACAUGUCGCUUCAUUGGGCAGACUGACUACUCCUGUGGUGUCGACUUUGUGCCAGUGGAUGGCUGCGGCUGUGACGCGGACACCUACAUGAAUGAAAAUGGAAAGUGUGUUAAGGCAGAGGAAUGCCCAUGUUAUGACUCAAACACAGUCGUUCAGCCCGGAGACGUCAUUAGCAAAGAUGGCACCACAUGCAUAUGUAAGCAAGGCAUUCUGAGCUGCAUGGGUGUGCUGUAUGUGCAAGAAUGUGUUCCCCCAAUGAAAUAUUUCAACUGCUCAAACUCUGCUCCUGGAAGCACCGGCUCUGAAUGUCAGAAAAGCUGUCAAACACUGGACAUGGCCUGUAUCAGCACAGGAUGUGUAUCCGGCUGUGUGUGUCCCCCAGGCCUGGUCUCUGAUGGACAAGGUGGUUGUAUUCCUGAACAAAACUGUCCAUGCGUCCAUAAUGGAGUCAAUUAUCAACCUGGCGAGACUGUUAUUGAUGGCUGCAACACAUGCACAUGCAAGGACAGAAGAUGGCAGUGCACCAAAGAACAGUGCAAGGCAACAUGCACUGUCUAUGGAGAUGGACACAUCACAACCUUUGAUGAAAAGCAAUUCAUGUUUAAUGGAAACUGUGAAUACGCCCUUGCUCAGGAUUUCUGCAGUGGCAGUAGCGCCAGUGGCACUUUCAGAGUCAUCACGGAAAACAUUCCCUGUGGCACGACUGGCACCACCUGCUCCAAAGCCAUCAAACUCUUCAUAGGCAGCAAUGAGCUGAUCCUCUCAGAUGGAACAUACCAAGUGGUACAGAGAAGCAAUGGAGAUGAAAUCCCGUACCAGAUUCGCACCAUGGGAAACUACCUGGUGGUUGAAACCAAUAACGGCGUGAUGCUCAUAUGGGACAGAAAGACAUCAAUCUACGUUGUGCUCAGUCCUAAAUUUAGGGGAAACGUGUGCGGUCUGUGUGGAAACUUUGACGGAAACGCCAAUAAUGACUUCACCACGAGAGGCCAAGAAGUUGUGGUUAACCCUCUCACCUUUGGAAAUAGUUGGAAAGUGUCUCCCACUUGUCCAGAGACAUUGACCGUUCAAGACCCGUGCACUAACAACCCCUACAGAGAGGCCUGGGCACAGAAACAGUGCAGCAUCAUAAACAGCGACACUUUUGCAGCCUGCCAUUCACAGGUGGAACCAUCUUCUUAUUAUUCUGCGUGUGUGAGUGAUGCAUGCGCUUGUGACAGUGGAGGAGAUUGUGAGUGUUUUUGUACUGCAGUGGCAGCCUACGCUAAGGCCUGUAGUGCUGCUGGAGUGUGUGUUUCCUGGAGAAGCCCGAAAAUCUGCCCACUGUUCUGUGAUUACUACAACCCCCCUGGUGAGUGUGAGUGGCACUACAAACCUUGUGGUCACAACUGUAUGAAGACCUGCAGAAAUCCUACAGGAAAUUGCACAAUGCAGACUCCGGCACUGGAGGGUUGCUAUCCCGAAUGCCCAGAUGAUCUCCCCUUGUUUGAUGAGGAUAACAUGAAGUGUGUGGCACAAGAUGAGUGUGGCUGCUACACUGAAAUGCUACGCUAUGACAUUGGACAAUCAGUCCCUGCUAAAAGUAACUGUCAGACAUGUGAGUGUACAUCAAAGGGAGUGAGCUGCAAAUAUGAUGUAAAAGCUUGUAUAUGCCAACAUAAUAAUACAAUGUACCAGUAUGGAGACAUAAUUUACCACACGACAGAUGGACUUGGAAACUGCAUUAUUGCUAUAUGUGCUGAGGACGGAAACAUUAAUAAGACAGUGGAACCUUGUGAAACUACUGUUGCCCCAACAGUACCAACAACAACUUCAACUACAACGCCAAAGCCAACAACUGUGUUUGUUUUUACCACACCAGGUGUGUAUAUGUGA